AUGUUGCUCUAUCGUUUUCGCCCAGCGCUGUCAUUUUUGAGUCUGUAUUCACACCUCUUAUCAAUGGGAGCUCAUUUAAGUAGUCCGAAGACGGACAAGGUUUCGUGCAGCGGAGGAGACUUUUCUUCUCACACCACUAGGUACGGAUCAUCGUCAAUGCAAGGAUGGCGUGUUUCCAUGGAAGAUUCACACCUUGCUGUACCUGAUCUUUAUCAGCGUUGUAGCAGCAAUGGGGAAAAGGAGACCGACAAUGGACGCGAAACGCAAGUGGGCAAUACUGCAGUUGCGUCUAACAAACUAGAUGCGCUAGGCAAUAUUAACAACUCUUUGGUUGGCGUAUACGGCGUCUUCGAUGGUCAUGGUGGCAGUUGUGUUAGCCAAUGGGUAUCUGAGAAUUUUGCAAGCCUGCUAAAAGGGGAGAUCGCACGUCUAAGUGAGUUGAAAAAUAACCAAAGCAUUGAGCUAAAAAGCUUGGAUGCGAUUUCGGAGACACAGGCGGUGCUUGCUGAAUCAUUGCAAUCUGCCUUUUUAAAGGUAGAUGAAGAGUUGCAGAGGGCAGAAACGGAACAAGCGUUACAGAAACUCAACGAAAGACCUAGGAGUGACAAUGUUAACGAAUCUUUCGUAGACGGGUCAUCACUUUUUAAGGUACUUAUGCCAGAUCGUGCGCCAAAUCGACAGCAAACAAUCCGUCUAAUUGAGCAACAUACGGAGCGACUAUUGCGCGAGUCGUUUAAUUUCCACAAUUCGAAUCAAUCGGAUGUCCACUCCACUGAGGAUUUAACUAGAUAUAGCGAAGACGACGAAGAUUACCAGCAAAAGUCACCAGAUGAUCUUGACGAAGAUGUAAAUGAUGAGGUUUAUAGACACACAUCUUCUGAAGCACAUUCGGUAGACAUAUCGAAGGAGGGCGCGUCCAUACGAUUGAACGACUUGGGUCCGAAAACGCAGGACAGCAAAACUAUCCAAGACCAGAUGGUCACUCGCACCGUAAACGAUGACGAAUCGAUGCGAUCUGGGGAUUGCCUCCCUGAUGAUGAAUACGAAGUAGAAACAGACGCAAUAGGUGACGGUGAUGGCCCUAGUUUAGCUUAUGGGUGUGGUUCCACUUCAGUGGUUGUGGUGGUUGUAGGUGGAGAGACGCCAGCCAUACUAGUGGCCAACGCCGGCGACUCCAGAGCUGUAUUAAGCCGAGGUGGUCAAGCAGUAGCCUUGUCUCAUGACCAUAAACCUCAAUUACGUGAAGAAGGGGAACGGAUCCGGCGAGCUGGCGGAUCCGUAACGAACGGAAGGGUGGAUGGCAAUUUGAAUCUUAGCCGAUCUCUUGGUGAUUUGGCGUUUAAGCGUGACCAAUCGCUCCCCCCAGCCGAGCAGCGUAUUUCUGCUAUGCCUGACGUUAGAAUAUGCCCGUUGACACCGCAAGAUGAAUUCAUUGUACUAGCAUGCGACGGCAUUUGGGACUGCAAAAGCAAUCAGCAGGUUGUGGAUUUCGUGCGCAGCCGUCUUUUUAGAGAUGAGGGCGCCAUCAAUGACGCUGUAGACUCAGAUGGUGUCGCUAAUAAUGACCCUGGAACUCUAGCCAAAAUAUGCGAGGAAUUGUGCGACGAAUGCCUAUCCAGCAACCCUAGCGAGAGCGAAGGCGUCGGUUGCGACAACAUGACAGUCGUCAUAGUGCAGCUCAGCAAACACUUGGUUGAAAAGGCCACCACCUCAGCUCAGCCCAUCACACUUUACGGGAAGCAAGUUGAUGCAUACCUCUAG